CUGCACAUGAGGAAACAAGCAAACCACGGCCCAAUUGUGGUAUUUAUCCGAUUAUACAAACCAUGCUUUUAGAUCAGUUCCUAAAACAUCUCGAUGAUACAAGAAUCAAUAGAAUCGUCCGCAAUGGAAAUUGCAGCACGACUUUCGAUAUUCAAAGCAAGAAUCUUCGGGUCAUCAAGGCUGAAUGUUCUCGGAACUUUAUCGAGGCAUUUUUUGUGUUGGCAUCGAAGUGUGGUCUUUUGCUGUCCCAUAUAACAUCCCACUGAAUGACAAUUAUGUUAACGUGUACCCAGACAACGCUAGUGA